AUGACUAGAUAUUUAAGAUCUGAUGCACCUCUGUUUUCUCCUAAAGAUUAUUCUUAUAUAUGCAGUGUUAAAGGACAAAAACAUCUUAUUAACCCUAUACAAAAUAUGUUUUCUUCAAAUCAGACUCAAAUAACCAAAAAUUCAAAAAAUUCAAUAAAACAUACAUUAGAAGCUAUAGCAAGCAAAUACAAAAUAUCAACAAGACAUGCAUAUCAAAUAUGGAGAGGGAAUCAUCUACUAAUAGAUUCUAGAGAAGAGGUAUUGCGAUCAAAUAUUAAUAUACUUAGCUUAAGUGAAGAUUCCAAUCAUGAUGCUAAUAAAUUUGAUUUUGCCUUUACAGUACUAGAAAACAAAAUACAUGAUACUAAAAUUAGCAAAUCUACUGUUUUGGCUUCAGAAGAGGAUAUUAUUUCAGAUAGUAAGACAAAAAAGACUAGAGAGAGAAAAUUGAGGUCCAAGGCUGUUCACAUAUCUGAUUCUAUUUUAUCUACUGAAUCUUCUGAAAAUGUCUUGGAUUUCUAUAAGAGAACUGCUCCUAAAAUAGAAAAAAUUAGAGCAUUUGGUCAUGCUCUUAUCUUGCCUUCUUGCAAUUCUUGCUUGAAGUCAGAAA